CGUUCUUUCGUUUUUCGCCUGCUGCUGCGUGCGAGAAGGAGAGAGAGGAAAAAACGGCUCUCAGCAAAGCAACAAGAAGGAAGAGCAAUGGCGACACUGGAUCGCCAAAUACCAAGUCCGGAUACCUUCCUUUGCGAGCCUUGGUCUUCCUUCGUCAGUGCGGCUAAAUUACGUUUUGUUGACAACGCAGACUCGUCCUUGGAGAACAGCGACAAAGAGCUUUACUGCCUCGGUGAAGCCGUGAAGCUCCGCAAAGAAGAGAUGCUCAUCCACAGCCAGUUUCCAGCGCUGGAGGAAUUUUGUCUUGUUGUCUGCCAUGUCUGCAAUCAGGUGGUCACUCCUCAGGGCUUCCUCACACACUAUGAGAAGCGCCACGGCUCCCCCGUCCCCUCCAGGAGCCCCCUGGUGCCCAUGAAGCCCAAGACGCCCGCAGUGGCCCCCGCUGUGGCUCCCAGUCCUGGGGACACACUGGCCUUCAGGGUCCCUAAAGAUUACCCUCACUCCCGGUUCAGCAAGGCGCCACUUGCUGUCUACCCACCAAAGGGGGCACGGAACAAGACAUGCGUAUCACUUCCAGUCGUAAGCCUGGAGAAGAUGCCCUGCCUCAGCCGAGCAGACUCGGCGUCACACGUCCGCCUCACUUCCUCCUCCUCCUCUUCCUCCCCCUCUGCCUCCUCCCUCAAACCCCCGUCCCUCACUCCCCCGGCCUCCCAGCGUUCCGGCGAAAAGCUAAUGAACGGUCGAGGCACCGGCGGGCCGUCCACACCGCGCUCCACCGCGUCUCCAUCCUCGCUGGACGGGCGGCCCAGUCCGGCACGCUCUCCGCUGGACAGACGGCCGGCAUCUACACCUUCUCCCUCCCCGCUGGACCGAAAACCCUCCCCGUCGCCUUCGCCCUCUCAGCGGUCUGGAGCUCUGCCGUCGUCGUCGUCGUCGUUGUCGCCUUUGGAGAAGAAGCAGCAAAACGGAACUAAGGCUGCCUCCAGGUCGCACAAAAGACUCUCAGGGAGGGUGUUUGAUCCAAACAAGCACUGUGGAGUCCAGGACCCAGAGACUAAACGACCUUGCACACGGUCUCUCACCUGCAAGACUCACUCCUUAGCCCACCGCCGAGCCGUCCCCGGCCGAAGGAAACAUUUCGACAUCCUCCUGGCCGAACACAAGGGGAGGGCGAAGGAGAAGGAGGGAGCAAAGGAGAAGGAGAAAGACAGGGAGGGAGUGCAAGGAGGGAAAGAAGGCGGCGGCCAGAGCAUCGCAUCACAGGAAACCACAUGUCCCAGCAAGCCUCACUGCCCCAACGGUCGACCCUUGUCCUCACUGAAGCUACGGCUUGCUAAUGCGCACAUACCCAGGGUUCCAGGCUCCACCACCUCCACCUCCAGUCCUCUGACUCCAGCACCAGCGCCUGCCACAGCCCCAGCCCCAAACCCAGAGCCAUCUCCCCACAUCUGGGUGACGGCGGCGGGAGAUGGUGGUCGGCUUUCCAGUGACGAGGGAGACGCAGAGACUGCAGAGGACACGGACAGACCUGGCUUUCACUACUCCAGUCACCACCCACAGCCUUUAGGGUUUUGCGUAUUCAGCAGCAGGCUCAUGGGGCGGGGCCACUAUGUGUUCGACAGGCGAUGGGACAGGAUGAGGCUGGCGCUCCAGAGCAUGGUGGAGAAGCACCUCAACGCACAGAUGUGGAGGAAGGUGCCGUUGGCCGCUGAGAGCCUCCUCUCCCUCCCCUCCUCUGGUACCUCCUCCAUCACUUCACAACACCCUUCCUCUCCCACCUCCAUCACUUCCCCUCUCCUCACCUCCCCCUCCAACACCUUCUCCUACACUGCCACUUUUCCUCAGUCCGCAUCCAAGGCUGGGGUGUUCAGUAUCCGAGAUGCCCAGCAAUCCCUCGCCCCGGUUUCCACGCCAGGAAAAGCCCGUAACGGCACGCAUAAAGCCAGCCGACCAUCCAAAGAGAUAGAGGGCUCUGUAGCGGGCUCUAAGAAGAGAAAAAACCCUUCCUCCUCCUCCUUUUCUUUUUCUUGCUCCCCGUUUCCGCCUGUGGAUAAUCACAAGAGGAACGGCAGCAGCUAUCAUCCGACAUUACAAGGUUCAGGGGGGGCAGCUGCCACUCCAGCCAGGAAAAAGGGACUUGGCCGUGGGGGAAGCGGACGUGGAGGGAGCGGGCUUUGGAGUAGGGGCGAGGACUGGUUAUCUAGAGCUGAUGGAUCUCAAAGCCACAACUUGCAGAACAGCCGCGAUCUUGGCACCACCAGUAUAUCCCACUCACCCAACAGAGAGCUGUCCUCCGCCCCCCAUCAGUCACUGGCUCCCCCAUCCGGACCCCUGGCUUAUGGAGGAAAAGCAGAGGGGAGGAAGAGGAGGAGCCCCAGCUCUUACAGAGGCAAGGCCAGCAAGCUUAGCAGGCCGGGCGGACUGAAGAGCCUCUUCGGGAAAGGGAACGACAGCGGGGGGAUACUGGCCUCCGCGCCUGAGUCCCCGAGACAGGCCAAGUUGCAUCACUGACAGAAUGUUGGGCAGCUGUGCGGGCCACCACCGUUUGUGACCUUUGACCUCACCACUUCUUCCACUGACAGCACCAAUCAGACUGCUUCAUCUCGGCGAUGUCACCCCUAUUUACCCAGUGACAGUUCGGUCAGACAGUUCCUGCUGAGACAUCGGGGGCUCUGGGGUCUUUUGGCCACAUUUUGGACCGGCAGUUACUUACGCUCUCCACCCCUGAUUACGGAUGGUUUUGAUGGAAAUCUGCUGCGUGUCACGGUUGCGGUCGUGGUCUUUUCAGAACAAGACAGUGGAAUCCAAAAACUUCUCCUCUGAAAAGGGAAUUUGCCUCAAGUUUGCAAAGUUUUUCAAGGCAUUGUUAAUCAUACCACCACAGUACAAUUUUGGGGAGACUUAUUUUUAACAGUUGGAGUUUAAUUCCGGUCAGCUGACAAGGAAAAAGUCUGAUUGUUUUUGGAAGUUAGAUGGUUGAAGGACCUACUGACACGACUACUGUAGGACUCAGACUACCCCUAUUCCUGUCUUUCUCUCGAUUUUAGCUUUUCCUCUUCCUCGGUUAUGGAAGAGACAGCAGCAGCUUUGGUUGGGUUUUAUCCAGCUUUUUCCCCUCUCUUUCCACCUACUCCUUUCUCUUUGUUCCUCUCACUCUUUUCUUUACCCCUUUUUUUUAUAUCAAACAACUUUAUCUUUUACCUAUCCAUCCCUUUGUGUGUACCCAGCAUGCCUGUGUUCAAAGUGCACUUACUGCCCUUGCCUCCCCUUACUCCCGUCUCCGCUGACUCCAGAGCAGUUUCCAGCAGUGCCACACACACAAGGACCUGUCUGCACAAGGGAAGAAAAAAAAACAAAAACUUCUGUGUUACCAACGACGCCGCUCAAUGCAUUUUAUUUCAAUAUAGGAAGAAAUCCGAUUCUUAUUUGAAGAUUUUUUUUUUGUUUUUGUUUUUUUUUUUCCUCUGCGUUCUGGUUUAAAUGUUGCAAGAAACACAAACUCCUGUCUGUGUGUCAGGACUUGCAUCCAAAAUGGAAUUAUUACUACGGUGUUGGAUGUGUUUUUGUAUAAUAAUUUAUCAUUCUUAAAUUUUUUUUUUUUUCUAAUUGACCAUUAAGGUUUGAGACUUUUUGAGCAAAAAAAUAAUUUCUAUGGCAUUUUGAAGAAAUGUUGAAAGUAUUAUGAUGUUGAAAAUUUGUACAUAUCUGUUAUUAUUUUUGUAUUUAUUAAUAAUUGUCCCCAUUUACUAAAUAUGAGCUAAAGAGGGAGUGUUUUUGCCCUGCUACCUUGGUCUGUGUUUAAUAGUGUUGAUGAGAUUGGCCUGGUUUCUCAAAACCUUCAAGAAUUUGUUCAUUAGCGUGUUUUUAAAUUAAUACUCACACUGUUUAUCAUUUUGAUUAUUCCAGAUAACAACAGCUAGUGGGCACUUCUAAAAGAAAUAUUUUAUUCAGUUUAGUUAAUUCUAGCUAAUUAUGUUGAGAAAAAACCACCUCAACAUACACACGUUCGCUUUUAACCACCACUCACACGCUGUUUCCCGAUUCCAUAAGCUACUGAUUAUGUAUACUAUAUACUAAUCAUUACGGUAUACAGUUUUUUUGCUGUUGGCAUACAAGACAUCAACAUACUUUACUAUUUUAACUGUAUUUAAAGAGGAAAUGAUACAAUGCAUGUGUUAACAUGUCAAUAAAACUGUCACUUUCUACUUCACAAAAAGAAAGUGUUUUCACCAAAGAUCUAAUACUUUGGAUAAAAGAUUUUUCUUUUUCUUUUGGUUUCCAAAACCUCUCUGAAUCUUUUUGCACCAGCUCUUUCAUUUCCUCUGUGCUUAGUGUUCUGUGACAAUUGUGUCACGUCCACAGCACACUCAGAAAUACAUUUUUUAGUACGCUUGCUGACUUUUUUGAGCCUACUUAAUUUAGUCACUUUUCCAGUGUGAAUACACUACACACUCAAAACCUGCUUAGAACUAGUAUUUAGUAUGGAAUCGGGACAGCAGGCAUGUGAGGUCAUGUGAUGACAACAUUGUCAUUUGUCAACUCAUGACGUAAGUAUUUCAGUCAUGUGAUAACGGGUGGUUUUAUGUGGGGGUUUCUUUUUUGUCAAACCAUUAUUUCAUUGUUGGGUCAAGAAAGAACCUAAAAGCCUAUUUUGUAUUUUGAAGUGUUUCCUUCCAUUAACCCUGCAUAGCCAACAUCACAUUGUCAGUAUGCACUAUUGUUCUAUCUUUACACCAGGAGCGUGGAGGUUCCCCUCAUCACAGAAGCUCUGUGGUUGAUCAGGAUACAACCAAUGAGAAAAGACCCCAAACUUAUUUAUCCCUUUCAAUCAGUCCAAAUAUAUCAAGAUAUUUAAUAUACAUGUGACCAUGUAAAAAUAUGAUUUAGGUAUCUAAGUAGGUCAUGCUGUGAGCCUAAAAACUGUCAAGACUUAAUCAUUUUUAGAUCUUGUCUGACUCAGUGGACAGUAUUUCUCAUAGGUACAGGCCCCGUCGCACACUGUGUGUCUGACACAAGCUAAUGGACAAAAAGUAGAUUUUGUGACACCAGGCCCUGGUGAGUGUUUUCAUAUAAAGGGCCCCACAUUCCUGUUUAACUGUGGUUCCGGCCUUUUUCAUACUUCUUCCAAUGUUUGAAACUAAAGCUAUAUUUUGAAACUGCCUUUAUCUUCCAAGACCAGUGUAUUGAUUCAUGCUUGGUUGCUCUGUUGUGUAAAAUCAGACCAGGAUCAAAAUGCUUUCACUUACUUCUCAGCUGGACUCAGAAAGCCACCGGUUAAAAUCCAGUGUUGCAUUACAAUGGAUAAGACCUUGUUCUCAGCAGUUAUUUAAAAUUCUUUGGUACCAUUUCUUCUUCUAUGGCAAUAGUUCACUGUGAUGUAAAAGCAGAAUACUCAUUCCUGUGAGCCUGUGAUGUCUUUAAAUAUUUAUAGAUUUAUACAUACACCAUCAGGUGAAAGUGCUGAUUGAACAGACAACAUGAGUUUUGUUUUUUGGGUGUAGGUUUGGGUAUGGAUGGUAGGGACAUGCCCCUGCCAAUAUUUUUAUCUAUCUUAAACAAUCGAGCUGCUUUAACUCCACAUAAUGUUAAUGGUAAGAUCUCUGCAGAGUUGCCAGGUUUGUGUGAUUUUCUGCAAAAAAGGGCACUAUUAUGAUAAAGAGUGAAAGAGCAGGAUAUGGGGGAUACUCAACCUGAUGAUCUGGCAACCCUCAACUUCAAGCUGUACACAUUGUUGACUUGUAGCAGCCUGACAGCAGCAGCAGCAGUAGGGGAAGCGGUUAGUAUUUAUAGUUUAAACGUUCCAAACGUCACAGAAUUGUAAACAAGGUUAGGUGUCGUUAGCUAAUUUGUGAAUGUUGCUCAGACAUGCUGUUUAAUUAAACAACUUUAUUACUGCUGGUGAAAAUUCCUCCCAAAAGCAAAUUAAGACAUCUGGUCCUUUUUAAAGAAGAACCGCAGUGUCAGCAACAGCUGAGCUCAGUUAAUAACAAUCAUCUGUAAUCAAUCCAAACAUUAAUCAUUGAAAUUAGUGGGAGAAAUAUUUACCAUUUAAUGUAAUCAAGUGCAGAGUUAUUAUUAUGUCUUAUUAAGACAUGGACAUUAUUUAUAAGCUAAAUUAGCCACAGCUUGUCCAACUGAUCUGUUUGUGACUGUCAGACAUCAUUUUAUUAUGAAAAUCCUGUCAGCAGUAGCCUGAGCAGCACAGAAACACACAGACAGGUGAGCUGCAGCCUAUCAGGUAAGCUCUGAUGUCACAGUGAAAGAUUUAGCCAUAAGUUCAGGGGCUGAAUGAAAAUAAUACAAUACCAAAUCCACAAACUGAAAGAAGGACAGAAUCUCAGGUGAGGUUUGAAAACCUUACAGCAGCGAGUUGCAGAGCAGCACGUUACCUACAGGUUUCUAUACAUUUACAUGUUAUUUUUAAAUAUCAAUUUUAGUCUCAGAUUUAUUGUUAAGUAGUCUAUUAAUAAAACACAAUGUAAAAAUCA